AUGGCCCUUGCUUCCAACAAAGUAGUCUGCAUUACUGGUGCAUCUCGAGGCAUUGGUCGCGGCUGUGCUUUAGAAUUUGCUAAACACGGUGCUUCUGGGCUUAUCCUGCAUUAUUUUGAAACAGAUGAAGAGAUCCUAUCUUUGAAAGCUGAAGUUGAAAACCACAACACUCGAGUUGUCAUGGUAUAUGGCGACAUUUCUGACCCCACUACUUCAACCAAGGUUGUCCAAUCAGGCGUCGAUGCCUUUGGCCGCAUCGAUGUUCUUGUCUCCAAUGCCGGAAUAUGUCCCUUUCAUGAAUUUCUCACCAUGCCUCUCGAAAUCUAUGAACGAACGCGGAAGGUUAACCUUGAUGGAUCAUUCUAUAUCGUACAAGCUGUCGCAAAUCAAAUGAAGAAUCAGACUCCCCAAGGCGGCGCGAUUGUUGCAAUCUCUUCUAUUUCUGCAUUCUUUGGUGGCGAAUUCCAAUGCCACUAUACGCCAACGAAAGCCGCGAUAUUGUCUCUCAUGCAGAGCUGUGCCAUAGCGCUCGGUCAGCAUGGCAUACGAGCCAAUGCAGUUCUCCCGGGCACGAUAGCCACCGACAUCAAUAAGGAAGAUUUAUCUGAUUCCGACAAACGGGAAUACAUGAUAAAACGGACGGCUCUCGGUCGCCUUGGAGCCCCCGACGACAUUGCCGGUCCUGUUGUUUUCUUAGCCAGCAAUCUAGCGAAAUACAUCACGGGAACGUCACUACUGGUGGAUGGAGGGAUGGGUAGUAAUUUGCAAUAA